AUGUCCUCGCCAGGUGCAGAGGCGGCCCCAGGGCCGCUCUGCGCAGCCCUGCUGCCGCACGCCUCGACCCCGAGUUUCUGCACGUACCAGUACGAUGGCGGCGUCUGUCGGCAGGGCAUCGAGGGCCACGUCAAGCUCAUCAGGAGCUUGAUUCAGGUGAAUAGCACCAUGUCCUUCAAGAAGGACGCGUGGCUCCAGGCGCUCAAGGAGGUUGCCAAGCACAAGCCACUGGUGUUCAGGAGCAAGGGGGAGAUGUCUGCGUGGCAGGCCGAGCUGCACAAGCGCUUGAAGACGAUGUGCCGCCACGCGAGCCAGUGCAUGAUCAAGGACACCCCCCCAAAAUGGUUCAAAGCGCUGGCGCUCCCAAAGCCCGUGAAGAACGCAGAGCCUGGCGACGGCGCCGACGGGG